ACAUAACAAUUUAAUACGAACGCUUAAAAUUCGAAUACCAAGAUCCAUCUUUCGUCGCACGUUAAUAACCGAUUAAGAAAUGGAUCAUUUACGUAGCAUGGAAUGUUUGCUGAACACAUGCUGACGGAGAUGCAAACGAAUAGUUUCAGGACUCAGUCUGAACAUUUCUGCAAGUUCUUGGCGCGUUGUCCUGAAAUUUGCGUCCACAACCUGUCGAAGAUCCUCGUUAUUCAUGAUUCUUGGUCUCCCUGAGCGCG